CGGCGCGCGCUGAGGGUGCGCGAGGCGGGGCCGUGGUGGCCGGAGGCGGCGGCGGCGGCGGCGGCGGCGGCGGCGGUGGUGAAGGCGACGCGUCCCAGACGGACCAAGUCUCCCGCUGCCUGGAGCUGGCCUGGAAUGGGUAAUGGUGUGAAGGAAAGUGCGGUGCGUGUGCGUGAGGAUGCCGAGGCCGUCCUGCCCUCACCUGUUAAUUCCAAGAGCGACCACAGGCAAGUUCUCAGCUCCCUCCUGUCUGGGGCCCUGGCUGGUGCUCUGGCCAAAACGGCGGUAGCUCCCCUGGACCGAACCAAAAUCAUCUUCCAAGUGUCUUCAAAAAGAUUUUCUGCCAAGGAGGCCUUCCGGCUCCUCUACUUCACCUACCUCAACGAGGGCUUCCUCAGCCUGUGGCGCGGGAACUCGGCCACCAUGGUGCGCGUGGUGCCCUACGCCGCCAUCCAGUUCAGCGCCCACGAGGAGUACAAGCGCAUCCUGGGCCACUACUAUGGCUUCCGCGGAGAAGCCCUGCCCCCUUGGCCCCGCCUCCUGGCAGGCGCACUAGCUGGAACAACAGCUGCUUCGCUGACCUACCCCCUGGACCUGGUCAGAGCAAGGAUGGCCGUGACCCCAAAGGAAAUGUACAGCAACAUCUUUCACGUCUUCAUCCGCAUCUCCCGAGAAGAGGGCCUGAAGACCCUCUACCACGGGUUCACGCCCACCGUGCUGGGGGUCAUUCCCUACGCCGGCCUGAGUUUCUUCACCUACGAGACGCUCAAGAGCCUGCACAGAGGUGACAUGACUCCUCUGUCACCAGAGCCUCCUGCUUCGGAACAGCCUUCUCCCAAGAGGAUUAUUUGGAUCCUGGACUCCGUGGCCAUAGUAGGGCACCAGGAGUGGGUCUUCCCCUCUCUCGCCCACCUGUCUGGUUUGUAAUGUUUCCAGGAGGGUCACGUCUCCUCCACACAGCAGGGUUUGAGGAAUUGCCACGGGUUUGGGUCUGAGUCCUAGCCGGAGGGCAUCUGCUGGACACUGGGCACCCAGGUCACCUUCUCUGGGCCUGGAAGCUCCCACCCCUAUCGCUGUCCCACAGGCCGCACCAGUAGGGGCCUGGCCUUAGGCCCUCGCCCUCUGCCCCUAGGCACAGCGGCUCCUGUGGGGAUGUGUGGCAUGUCCCUGGCUCCCCACCUGAGCAGGCACUCGGCCAAGACACAGGGCAGUUUAAGACCCACAGGGUUGUCGGAUUUCCAUGAAGAGAGCGCAUGGAGGCAACUUGCAGCCUUGAUCAUCCCAAAAUGGGGGCCCCUGAGACCGUGUGUAGCCCAGGGGGGGAUUCUCGGAGAAAUUGGGGAACCCCAGGGCACCUCCAGGGAGCUGGUCUCAUGGAGAAGUCCCCUAGGGUCUGCUCGGUAUCACAUUUCAGAAUGACUUUGGGAGUUUCUUGAUCACUUUUGGUUUUGUUCUUCAAUCUGGCUGACCCUGGGUCUAGUCACAGUAAACCCCGACCCGUGUGAUCUGGUUCCAGGCAGAGGUGACCAGAGGGUCGGUUUUCACAGAGAGCUCCUCAGCGACGAUGUGUGAAAGGGUCUAAGAGGGCAUGUUUGCCCCAUGCACAUUUCCAGUCGUGAGCUUCAUUUCUCCCCUUUGUUCUGUCCCGUUGGUGUCCUUGCCUGGGACCCCUGCAGGUAUGAAGACCCCUCUCUCUGUCCUUCCUUGCAUGUGUCUGCCGGCCAGCCUGACUCUCAUCCCCAGGGUCUCAAGGCUGUUUUGUUGGGUGGACUUCGCUCCUCCUGUCCUUGCCCUGCCCAGCGCCCAGGCUCGGCAGGAGAGGCAGGGACCCCUCACAGGGAGACGGGCUGGGGACCCAAGGGCCACCAGGCAAGAGAAAGCAGCAGGGGCUGGGGGGUCCACCGCAGGCAGGUGAGACCAAACGAAUGGCUCUCUGAGCCUCAGGCCGGGUGGCAGAGGGGAGGGGCCCCCAGGUCCCGCCAGCCCCACCGUGCCUCCCCAAGGUGGCUCCCAGUCGAGUGGGCCUCAGCCACACACACAGCUGGGCUGGUGCCCUCCGUGGCCACACCCCUCCCACCGGUGUCCAUCUUGAUCUGGAGUUACAUUUUGAUGCCAUGAAGACACUUUGUUUAUAUAUAAUGUUUAUAUAUUUUAAAAGAUUUGUGCCAAGAGAGUAUAUUUAAUAAAAAUUAAAAUGAC